UUUACUGGCACUUGCCACAACUGUGGAAAGCCGAACCAUAUGGUCAAGGACUACAGGAAGCCUAAGAAGGUUGGGCAAAAGAAGGUGCAACCGAGUGCCCUCGUUGCUGAGCACGACCCUAUGCCGGGUGAAUUGAUUGACUUUGAUAUGUCGACUGUGGUGUUUGAAGACAAUAUGGUGGAUAACCCAAGAGAGUGGUACAUCGAUAUUGGUGCCACUCGUCAUGUGUGUUCCGACAAAGAGUUGUUUUCUGAUUACACUCCUUCUAAUGGUCGGAAACUUCACAUGGGAAACUCCUCUACGUCUGAAGUGGCUAGAGUUGGCACUGUGGUGCUUAAGACUUCUGGAAAGGAGUUGAAGCUUAAGGAUGUUCUGCAUGUCCCAGACAUCCGCAAGAAUUUGGUCUCCGGAUCUCUUCUUAUUGAGCAUGGAUUUAGGCCGGUAUUUGAUGCUAAGAAGUUUGUUCGUAGUAAGUUUGGAACAUUACUUGGUCAUAGCUAUCUCGACAAGG